GCGGGGGAGGGGAAAGGAAAAGGAGGAGACAAAAAAAUAAGAAAUAAAAAAUAAAAGGCUGCAGCUGCGCCGGUAGCGCCCACCGAAAUAAACAGGCGGUGGCGAAUGCAGCCCAUUGCAGCCGAGAGGGGGAAGCCGCUUUGGCCUUCUCUCACUUGCUGGGGCCUGGGACUCCGUUCUGUCCUCGCCGGUGCGGCCAUCGGCUCCCGGUCCAGCACCCAGGGCCGACCUGCCUGAGGAAGGGGGCGAGCGAGAGAUCACUUUUUUAUUGUUGUUAUUGUUUUUCCGCCCAGCCCCCCCUUCUCCCCUCCCCCUCCUUGCCUACUCCCCUCCCACAGCCUCCUUCCCCCCCACCCCGCCUCCUCCUCCGGCACAACUUAAAGAAAGAGGGAGCGGCGCGGCUGCUUCCUUCAUCUGGGGGAAUUCGUGGCCACUGCAAGUUUACUACUCGAAGCGCAGCCAAUGCCAAGCGCGGAGGACCAGGAGGGCUAAACACCGCAGCCGCGGAGCCGAACAAUACCCGCAGCGCGCGGGGCGGCGCGAGCAGGGCCGCGGGGGAGGGAACCGCCGCCAGGCCGUGCGGCGGACCCAGAGCCUGGUCUCCGCCAGUGGUCCCCGCGUCCCAGCCGCGCGGUCAGGUGGAGCCGCGGGUGCACUGAGCUCGAGCGCCCAACGCUGAGAGCGAAGCUAGCCUCCGUCCUUUCCUCGCUCGCCUGCCGGGCCUGAGGACGGUCGCCGCCCUCGGGCAUCCAUUCUGGCCCUGCAGCUGCAGUGAUUUCAUUCUGUGGGCGCCGCUCCGCGCAGCCGGGCCCGGGGUCUACGGGGCGUGCGAGCGAGUGAGUGUGUUCGUGUGCGCGCGGGUACGCGCAGGGGUGGGGGCCGCGGAGCUGCGCUCGCCCCCCGGUGGCCCCCCUCUCCGCUCUGCUCCCCACACCUCCCUCUCGCUCCCUCCUCCCGCCCGCCCUCCCUUGCCCUGCCCGCCCGCCCCCGCCGCAGCUCCUUUAAUACACUUUGGUUCUCCGCCUGGCUUUGGACUCUUCUCCUCCUCCACCACCUCCUCCUCCCGCGCCUCCUCCGCCGCCGCCUCCUCCUCUUCCUCUCCGCGCCUUCGCUCUGUGCCCGGCCGCCCGAGGCAGAUCCAGGCGGUGGCGGAGGCGGCAGGCGCAGGAUCGCGGCUCCCCAGGCUGAAUCCGCCUCUACCACCGCCGCCUGGUCCCGGAGCCCAGCGGCCACCGGACGCACCGCGCGGAUCCGGAGAGGGAGCCGAGGCGGCGCGAAAGCGCGGGGCUCGCCGGGGCCGGCAGGGCGGGCGGGCGCACUGGCCAUGCUUCUGGACGCGGGGCCGCAGUUCCCGGCCAUCGGGGUGGGCAGCUUCGCGCGCCACCAUCAUCAUUCGGCAGCCGCGGCAGCGGCGGCGGCCGCAGAGAUGCAAGACCGCGAACUGAGCUUGGCUGCAGCGCAGAAUGGCUUCGUUGAUUCGGCCGCUGCGCACAUGGGAGCCUUCAAGCUCAACCCAGGAGCGCACGAGCUGUCCCCUGGCCAGAGCUCCGCGUUCACGUCGCAGGGCCCCGGCGCCUACCCCGGCUCCGCUGCGGCUGCCGCCGCCGCCGCCGCGCUCGGGCCCCACGCUGCGCAUGUUGGCUCUUACUCCGGGCCGCCGUUCAACUCCACCCGGGACUUCCUGUUCCGCAGCCGCGGCUUCGGGGACUCGGCGCCGGGCGGAGGACAGCACGGACUAUUCGGGCCGGGCGCGGGUGGCCUUCACCACGCGCACUCGGACGCUCAGGGCCACCUCCUCUUCCCUGGCCUCCCGGAGCAGCAUGGGCCGCACGGUUCGCAGAAUGUGCUCAACGGGCAGAUGCGCCUCGGGCUGCCGGGAGAAGUGUUCGGGCGCUCGGAGCAAUACCGCCAGGUGGCCAGCCCGCGGACCGACCCGUACUCGGCGGCGCAGCUCCACAAUCAGUAUGGCCCCAUGAAUAUGAACAUGGGUAUGAACAUGGCAGCGGCCGCGGCCCACCACCACCACCACCAUCACCACCCCGGUGCCUUUUUCCGCUACAUGCGGCAGCAGUGCAUCAAGCAGGAGCUCAUCUGCAAGUGGAUCGACCCCGAGCAGCUCAGCAACCCCAAGAAGAGCUGCAACAAAACUUUCAGCACCAUGCACGAGCUGGUGACCCACGUCUCGGUGGAGCAUGUCGGAGGCCCGGAACAGAGCAACCAUGUCUGCUUCUGGGAGGAAUGUCCCCGCGAAGGAAAACCCUUCAAGGCUAAAUACAAACUGGUCAACCACAUCCGUGUCCAUACAGGCGAGAAACCCUUUCCCUGCCCUUUCCCGGGCUGCGGCAAGGUCUUCGCGCGCUCCGAGAACCUCAAGAUCCACAAAAGGACCCACACAGGGGAGAAGCCUUUCCAGUGUGAGUUUGAGGGCUGCGACCGGCGCUUCGCCAACAGUAGCGACCGGAAGAAGCACAUGCAUGUCCACACCUCAGAUAAGCCCUAUCUCUGCAAGAUGUGCGACAAGUCCUAUACGCACCCCAGUUCCCUGCGGAAGCACAUGAAGGUCCAUGAAUCCUCCCCUCAGGGCUCCGAGUCCUCCCCAGCCGCCAGCUCCGGCUACGAGUCGUCCACGCCCCCGGGGCUGGUCUCCCCCAGCGCCGAGCCUCAGAGCAGCUCCAAUCUGUCUCCCGCGGCGGCGGCGGCGGCGGCGGCAGCGGCGGCGGCAGCGGCGGCCGCGGUGUCCGCAGUGCACCGGAGCGGAGGCUCGGGCAGUGGCGGCUCGGGAGGCAGCUCCGGCGGCGGCAGCGGCGGGGGCGGCGGCGGGGCGGGCGGCGGGGGCGGCGGCAGCUCUGGUGGGGGCAGUGCGACAGCCGGGGGCCACAGCGGCCUCUCCUCCAACUUCAAUGAAUGGUACGUGUGAGGCCGGGGCCUCUCUCCCUCUCCCUGUUCCCACCCCGCGCAGCUGCUCUCCCUGCAGCGAGGGCACUUGUGAUCUUGUUGAAAUUAUGAAUCUGAUUUUUAUGAUGAUGAAAACGAUUUUACCAGCAGAAGGAUUUUUAAAAGUUUUUUGGUUUUGGUUUUUGUUUUUUUUAAGAAAAAAAAAUCUAGGCAUGAAAAACAAAAAUAACCCUUCCGGAGUCUCUGAAGCUGAAAACAUAAAAUAAGAAAUAAAAAAUUCAAAAAUAAAAACCCAUAAAAAUAUUGAAUCAAACCUCCCUGCCAUCAUCCUCCAUACCCCCUUACCUUCCCUCCCUGUUCUGAGUCUUCAGACAAACUGUACAUAGCGGACUCUUUCCUUUCCUUCUCCGAGUGAUUUUAACGGCUUCUUGGUGUAUAGAAGUUUGUCCAUUUGUAAACUCUGGGUUGCGUUCCUUCCUGCCUUCUUCCCUUCCCUCACCUUCCCUUCCCCAAAUGAUGGGCUUUUUCUUUUCUCUUUUUAGUUUACCUGGUUUCUUUUUAAGUAAUGUGGAAGAAAAUGGUUUAUUUUGUAUUGUGGUAUUGAAUAUUGUGUUCCUUUUUAUGAGGCAACUUGAUUGUAAACUUCAUGCAACUAUAGACUGGAGGAAAAAAAUUGAGCCGUGCCAAAGUCUCCCUUCUGUUUCUUCGACACACCGACCCAUAGCACACACCACCACCACCACCAACGCUUGUGAAUGUAUUUUUCUGUUAGUUGGGUUUACAUGUGAUGUUUUAGUGCUUUUGCAAGUUCAAUUUGUUAGUUCCUGUAUGAAAGAUUGUGGGGGAAAAAUAAACGUUGUGCCGUUAGCUUUUUCCGUAAUAACACCCUUCCUUCUGUAAAUACCCGUUACCAUAUUUAUCCAUUUGUAAUUAAAUUAUGGUAUUAACUUGCUACAGAGGAAACAAUAUUUAUAAAGAAUGUUUCUUAACUAUAAAUAUGUACAAUUGUGGGCAUAAACUGUUUCAGAUUUUUUAUUUGAAGGUUUUAAGUGGUUUGAUCAUUUCUUGUGAUAUGUUUUGAGAGUAAUGCAUACAGAAAUAUAAUAAAAUGUGUUGAAACUGCA